AGAGAGAGAGAGUGAUGAAUGUGUGUUUGUUGGGAUCAUAGUGGUACCUGACAGAGGUGAGGAGUCAUCAUAUAAAGCCCAUUAUGGCCAAAUGAGCCACUGAAACAAAUGAAUCCCAUGAGAUGUCAGAGUAAAGACCCUGCCAUUCAUGUAUCUGUCAGUCCAAUAAUUUACACCAAAAUUACACAAAAAGUUGAGCCUUUCAAACAUCAACAAAUACUGUCUUUGUUUUUUUUAAAGGUUUGUUGAUGUGAAUCAGAGUACAGGUACUAAUCCUAUAGUUGUUUAGCUAAUAUACAGCUGUUGGGUUUAGCAGUGACUGUCAAUGGGGGGAAACAGCAAAUCUAGAGCUGUGUAAAUGUAACUGAAAGGUCACAACUCUCUGACCUCACCACUAUCGUGGGCUUUAAAUACGACAAUAACAACACAUUUUGUCAUUCAUUUCUGAUGUUUUAAGUUUAAGAAGUCUGUGACAGAAACUUUUUUGGAGAAGAUAUUUUCUCAUAGACCAAUUAUUUCUGGUGCUUUUAUUUUGAUAUUUUCACUGGUUUACAUGUAUGUGGCUUUUUAUCCUGUAUUGUUCCUUUAUUGUAUUAUUGUAAAUGUGCUUUUAUUUUGUUGUUUUAGACAAAGGUAGGCUAGCUAAUGUUGCCAUACUUUGCACUGAGAUCCACUAACUGUCAGAAUUUAUCUGUGUAUUAAACAGAAACAGCUCGGGGUGUGGGUGGGGGUGGGGUAUCAAUCUUCUCAUCUUACUUUCAGUGAGAAGUUGAGGACGUAUAUCAACAGGAAUUAAGGGUUAAGACAGAGACUGAAAAUAAUCUGACAUCCAGCAGCGUCCAAGUGUCCUAAAGUGCAGUUCUAAUGUAUUCAAAAUGAAAUACCGGGGCAGUUACAGCUUUACCAGAAGCUCAUCUUUCAUAAUGUCAAUCUCGUUAGUUCCCCACUGUUUUCACUCCACAUCAGUAAACGUUCACUGUGAUCUUCCUAGCAACACAUAAUCACAGGCUUUUACUGCACAGAAAUUAGCUCACACUGCUCCCAGGGGAGUGUGUGUGUGUGUGUGUGUGUGUGUGUGUGUGUGUGUGUGUGUGUGUGACUUGAUGGCAGCCAUUUAGUGACUGACACCAACCCUCUGAUAAAGGUAAUCACGCCUGUUGUUCGCUCUACAUUGCUGUGACUUUAAGUGUACGCUACAUGGUCUCAAAUAUAUAAAUGAGAGCCAAUGAAGGCAUUAUGUUGAGUAUACUGUAGAGGCAUAUACACACACACCUCUACUGUACAUCCAGGCCACACACACGUGCAAUGGAAAUAGGAAUGGAAGAUGAAGCCUCAUAGAAAUCCAUUUGCAAUUUAAAUGGAAAUGUAAUGAGCCCGUGGUGGCAGUGAAUUAGCCAGCUGAUCAAUUGAUCAUGUCAAGGACAAAUAGGUAAACAAACGUAUCCAUUAGCCUCCUGCUCCACCUCCUCCUCCUCCCUCUACACCCUGCAAGGAGAAGUGCUGUGUGUCUGUGUGUGUGUGUAUGUAUGAGUGUAUCUCAGUGUGGGAUGAGUUAAAGGGGGUGACAACAAAUAAGGCCCGAUGUAUGUUUUCAUGUGGAGAAUCCUUAAAGAGCCACUAAAUGCUCACAGCAAACACACAUACACAAGUGUAAACAUGCUGACUCUCUCAAUGGUAACACCCCACUGUGACUGUCCUGCCCUGCUCGUUACACAGACAGUUGGGCUCAGCAGGUUCCUUUCAGAGGCGAUGGAGGGAGAAAAGGAGGAGGAGGAGGAGGAGGAGGAGGAGUAAGCAACACUACACGUGAGAUUCACAGACAGAAGGAAACAAAGCAGAGAAAACAAGUAUAGACCACCAGAAAACAGCAGACCAAAACCUGACCUGCUGCUUACUGUUAUGUGUUCAGGGAAAGUUUGAAAUUAAAAUCAAAACUGUGUUUGUACUGUUUCUGAUCAGUUGUAAAGACUUUUCUUUAAUUUCUUGGUGAUUGAACCAUGAGUAAACUGAAACAUUGAUAUUCCAUAAAUCAUUUCAGUCCGAUCAGUCACAGCGGUUUGCAUCUUUAAAGCCUCAAUCACCACUGCUAACACAUCUUAAUAAGAAACUGAUGAAGAGCUUCUUUUGUUUAAAAUGCCUAUCAGGGUAACUUGAUUACUGCCAACAAUCACAGGGAGAUGCUUUGUUUCAUGGAGGGUGUUGAACUUCCUCAUUGCCUCUUUACACUUGUCACAUAGCUGCAAUUCUCCCUGUAAAGUUUUGCUCUCAUUGCACCAAAUUCCUUUUAACCCAUCAGUCCCAGCUGCUGUAAGAGAGAAAGACAAUCUUCCUCAUGUUAUUUUUUAGUUAUUAAUGCAAGUUUAAAAUUAUAAUGUUAAAAGUGUGAAAUUAUCAAUCAUCACAAACCAUGCCUUAAUCGCUAAUAUAAAACACAUAAAUACAGACAAAAGAAAUUGUCUGUUUGUCUUUUUUAUUUUAAAUUGCUUUAAUCUCUGUUUUCUUAAAUUUCAUCUGUAAAGUACUUUGAAUUGCCUUGUAUAUAAAUGUAGCUACACAAAUAAACUUGACUUGCCUUAUACAAUUGGCUUUCUCAUCACAGGUCAAUAUAUAUAUACAAAAAGAUAUAAAUAUAUAUAUACAUUUUUUGUGUUCUUUUUGUUUUUUGUUUUGUUUUGCUCUGCUGGUUUGUCUCAACUCAUCCCAAUCUUUCUGUCUAUCCCACACUCCAACUUCCAUGUCAAGUCCAGCUGAUGGCAGCUGGCUGUGCACCAUGAGUCUUGUUCUGCUUAAGGUUUCUACCUGUUCAAUCGUGGCUUGUUCUCGCCACUGUUCCGAAAUGUUGCUGAUGUGUUUGAAGAUCACUUUUGUUUUGAAUUAGCACUCUAAGACUCUUAAGACUAAAUCCAAUAGAGCUACAGUGCUAAAACAUUUAGCUCCAAGUCCUCCACAAACAUGCACGGCUUGAGCAGGACUGCAAAUCUGGGGCCGAAGAUCCGCUGAUGAGUGUGUUGCCAUGUUGGAUGAGAUGGGUCAAAUCUUUCCCAUUAUACAUCAAACAGUGAGUUUGGUAUUUUGGAAAGUGUCUUGGGAUAACAAUUUUUGUGAUUUGGGGCUGUACAGAUAAAAAUUGAUUGAUUGAUGAUAUCAUUACCUCCAGGGGGACUAAGCAGUAUUUGCUCAUAUUCCCACAGGUGAUUUUGCACCCCAGGAUUGUGAGGCCCCGCUUUUAUGGUCUGUGUUCACUCUGAAAGUCAAGAUCAAGCAAGCUGUCCUCCCUGAGUUUUCCUCUGAACGCCUGAAUUACUGUCUGAUAGGUGGACUCCCUCAGUCCAACUCCCCACUUAAUCCAGAGCAGGUAAUGCCUGGGCUUGACUGGGAGCUUGACACCAGAAGUGAAAAUCUGCUCAAUUAAAAAAAACAAAAAACUGUAAGGGGCUGUUGCAGUUCAGUGGUGAAGUCAGCUGUUUCUCAAGCUUGAGAGUUGAUCCAGGACCUGCUAGCCAGGUCCUUAGGCAAGAUACUUAAUCCACCCAGCCCCUGGUGCCGUGUCAUUGGUGUGAGACUGGGAUUAGUUUAUACUGAUGGAUGCCUUACAUAGCAGCUUCUGCCAUCAGUGUAGUAUGUGGUAUGAAUUGCGUGUAAUGUAAAAGCACCACAAGGGGUCAGGAGACUAGAAAAUGUGAUACAGACAGCACAUCUACAUUUACUAUUUAAAACCUUCAGUUUCUCAACAGGCCACCUGAGGCUAGCUCCAAAUGAAAGUCAAUCCCUCAGCGGAAUUAAGCUAAUGUGGAAAUGCUAUAAACUGCAGUUCCUCAAGUGUCCACCAGAGGCUGGCUCCAAUGCGUGAGGAAGUCCCAUGAGCGCCUGUGUUAAAAUGCCAGUUUAACAGUGAAAUCAAACAUGUUUAUUGCUUUUGUAAAUUAAAAAGUAAUAUGGAUCUGAAUGGCUGAUUUUCUUAUACACACAAUACAAGGGCUACAAGUUUCACACAAGUGGGUGCAUUAGGGGUGUACCGGUUGAAUGUUUAUGUCUCCUAAGGACAAAGAUUGUAAGUGAUCAGCUUUAAACAUUAAUUUUUGUGUAAGAGAUUUUUUUGCCUCACAUAUAGCCUCUAUUCUGUUUAAAGACAGAGGAGGAGGAGUAAAAGGAGAUGUCAGCCAGAGCGUUCCUGUCAGGAGUUAUUUCAUGCAGGCUGCAUGUUCAGCCAACAGAAAAAAGUGCCUUCAUCUCCACUUCCAACACAGGAGAAGAUAUUACCCUUAGCUUAUGAGGGCAAGGACAGAUGGAAAGGCAUUUGGAGUAUUGUAAUAUCCUAUACCAUGUUUCUUCCUGUGUGAAUGUCUAUUUUGGUAACACUCCAGGAAAAACACCAUCACUUCUGAUAAUAGGAAUUUUGUUGCGCCCUAUGAUAUAGUACAGUAUUCCUGUGUAUUAAAUGCCAUAUUUUCACAUUAAGUGUGAAUGUUAUAAAUAUAGAUUGUAAGAAUACUGGAAACCAAACCUGGAAACAAAAAAUAAAAAACUGCUGAUGAGGAAACAGCAGGUUAUUACAAGAUGAAUAGAGGGGGGAAAGAGCCAGACAAAAAAGAAAGAGCUUUUUAAAGAGGACCAUUUGUAAAACAAGGAGUUUAAAGCCAGAUUAUAGGGCAACAAUGACACAAUCCCUUAUGUUCAUUCCUGUAAUACGCUGUGAAGAGGAGGAUUUAUACUUUAUUGUGGUGGAAUGCAUCCAGGCUGCAUUCCUUGUGUCUGCCUCGCCGUCUGCCUGCCUCUUUAGGAAACAUUUUCCUCCUCCUGAGGCCAGGUGUAAUCCCUGCAUGGAGGAAGAGGAGAGAGAUGCCUUCAGCUAGCUGCUGAUCAGCCUUAUAAUGGUUCAAGUAUUACCAGUAAUACCACCAGAGGGGAAAUUCCUUCAAUCCAGUCUAAAGCUCUCUGAGAACUACGUCGGGUUUGGGUGGCUGGUUGGUGGAUUUCUCCCCUGCUGCUCAGCUCGUCUUCUGGUCUGAGUUGGAUUGCAUUGGAUUGUCUUAAUUGUCUCUAAUGACUAAAUUGUCCCAACUAUGUGCUUCAUUAACUCCCUGUUAGCUCUAUUAGGGAGGAACGGAGCCGAGGAGGAGACGGUAAUUGAGAGCGUUAAUGAAGGCAACAUGAUGAGUGCUGGUCUGAAAGUUAAGGUAAACAAAAACGCAGAUUAAUGUGGUGUCUUAUUCUGAAAGGGCCGCUGAUAUAUUACAUUGAAAAGAUAACAGAAAGUUCAAAAGAAAAGUCAUUUCCAGUGUAAAUCUUACAGGUAAUUGUCAUCUUACACAUGCUUAAGCAUCUAAUUUAAACUCUGAUGUCAUUAUUUACCCAUAAUGCCUCAGGUUUCACCCUGUCAGCACCUAUCCUUUAGAGCUCAGACUAAAACCAUCAGACUGAACCUCUCAGUCUGUUAGAGCAGCUCAAGAUUAGAGUCUGAUGGUCCUCUCUGCAGCAGAUACUGAGGGAUUUUCGGUGGUAAAGACAGAUGUUUUAGAGGAAGUGAAAGGAUUCUGGCUCCACUCGGGAGCUUUGGCUUUGUCAGCGCUGUUCAGAUUUGGCCUUAUAGGAACUACAUUUCUUUAAUUGGAAUUUAGCAAAUCAGAGCUUUACCAAUAUUGAACUUUCAUGUUGUGCUGAAUCUACCAACCCCAGCAGCUUUUCCUUGAACAACAUCACCCUCUGUCCUAAAGAUAUGGAUCUAACCAAAAUGUAUAUUAGCAGAAGCAAAUCACUGGAAUAGUGAUGUUUUUCCUCUAUUCUUAAAGGUUUUAUUUUAGGGUCUUUUGGCCUUUAUUGACAGAGGACAGGACAGAGCGGGAAACAGCAAAGAGAGUGAGCAGGGAGUGACAUGCAGGAAACAGGCCUGAGGGUGGAAUUAUGUGGAGCGCGUUAAGACCACUAAACCCCCUGAUCUUCGUCUUAAUGCUACUUUUCUUUGUUCAAGACAACUUCUGGCAAGAUACUCAGUGAUUAGAUUAUAUCAUGAUUUGUAGCUACAAACAAAUUGUUAAACAUAAAUGAAAAAAACUUGAUAAAGUCUAAAGUAUGACUGUAAGAUAGCUUAGAAAAGGUGACCAGAUAUACAAGUUUGACAUUACGCCUGGCUGACACUUUCACAAAAUGUGCUCUAUCCCAAUAAACAUUUGAAUAAUGUAAAUAUGCACCCAGUUUGACUCUUUUUGUAGAAAUAUUUUCACACUGCAUAAACGUUGAUUCCUGUUCAUAGAAAAUGAGUUCCUUUACGCUGCAAAGCCCUGGUUGUGGAGUUUAUCCACUUAAAACAAUACCUAAACAGAUACUAUGUACUUUUAUUUUGCUAAUCCUGCUCCAGUAUCAGCCAUGAGUACAAAAUGUCAUGUAAAAGGAAAUUUAUCUAUCUAUCUAACCCAGUGAUAAUCUCAUUUAUCAAUGAAGGCUUUAAAGGAGAGUGUGAGUAUUUCAAAAUCUGUAAAAAAAAAAAAAAAAACUCUUAUAAGUCCUUCAAUUGUAAAUGUUACCAGUAGUCCUGAAAAUUUGUUUAUUCAUAUUUGGUCAUAUUUGUUUGCCUGUCAUCUAAUUACUUCAUAUUAAGAGUUUAUUUCAAAGUUGACCCCUCAGUCUACCUGUCCUCACUCAUACAUAUGUUUGUAGAAUUUACCCGCUGAAUAAAUUUUGUAUUUUGUAUUCACUGAUUUGACUGAUUUUUUUUUUUUUUUACAACCCCAGGAGACACAGGAGAGCUUUAAUAGUCUCAGUGUAAUUAAAGGACCCUUCUGCUGCUUUAUCUUUGUUGAAGGAGCAAUAUCUGGACAGUCAACAGCUUAUUUGUACUUUUACAAAACUUACUUUCUGAUCCAAAAGAAAACACUGUUUCUGUUUCGAUAUGUUAGUUAAUAUGGUCAUAAACAAAUACCGAUACACAACUGAACCAUCUUCAAACUUUUGUGACCUCGUUGCUUUUGAAACCCGCUCCAUCCAAAAACAGAUGAAGCUUUUCUUUAUAAACAAUGAUCUUUAAAAUAGUGAAAAGGGUCAUAGUUCAGACAGCGUUUAGUUAACACAUGUGAGAGUUCCUGCUGCAGGUAAAAGCUUGUCAGUUUAACUUUGCUCUCUUCAGAAACUUUGACCCUCCCUGUAUGAUCUGUGCGAGAGUUCAAUCCUACAGUGUGAGAUUUUUUUUCUCUUAUUCUCUCUCUUCUUUUCUUUCUUAUUCUCUCUUCUUCUCUGACACUCUCCAGUUUUUCCUCACUUUUUUCAACACAUAGGUGGAUUAAGGCAGAGGGGCUUUUGUUUAGAUAAAGCGAAGGAUUAGGGAGAGAUUUGCCCCCAUAAAGUUGUGGGCUUAAUGGGCCUUUUAUCCCUGCAUGUCCCUAAAGCUGUGUUGCCUCUGGAUUAGGACUACACAAUGGGGCCCCUUGUGCAGAAGGAUCCGGGCCAGGGAGAGCGAGAAAAAGGAGAGAAAGAGAGGAGAGAAGGCAAGGAAAAGAAAUGAGACAGAGAGAGACUGAGACAAGGGAGAAAAGAGGGCAAGAAGAAAGAGAGGAGGGGAUGGAGGGAGGGAGAAAGAGAGAGGGAAUUAUGCAGCUUCUUAGAGGAAACUGACAGGUUGAAAACUUUGAGAGGAGGGAUUUACGGAGGAGAUCCUGAGAUCUUGUCACCAAUAAAAAGGGAUUUCAUGAGGAUUCAGAGGCGUGGUGCUGACAAUAAACCGCAAAAUUAUUGCCUCCCUUUAAAUUCAUUUAUCUUAUACGGCCUCCUUUUAAAAAUAAAUAAAUAUGAGCAGGUCUUGCUGUGAAAGUGCUGCUAAUAACGUGUCUAAGAGGUGGCUCCUGGCAAAUUGCUUUGUUAUUCUUGUCAAAAAGGGUCUCCUGCAAGAAGUCGAUUUUAAACUACACAUCAAAAUGAUUAAUUGCUGUGGGAUGAACAGAUGCUGAAAUACCCUUGAAUGGAGGCGGGGAGGCUGAGGCCUGCUGGAUUGUGGCUCUAAUGUAUUCAUGAAGUUGCAGAAACAUCAUUAAGAGUAUUAAUUAGCUAUUAGAGAGCAGAAAUCACAGCAUUAAAGAUCUUUUUUUGGUUGUUUUGCUUUUAUCAAAUGCAGGCUGACACACAUCAGGAGAAAGUUCACUCCAUGUAGCCAAUCUGUCUGAGUGUGGGAAAAAUGUAAGAGAAAAGGGGUUAAACCUGACAGAAAAUCAAUUCAGAAACAGCAGACUAUUUAAAGAGCUCACACAUUUUCACUGCUUCAAAAUCCACAUGAUGUAAUGGUACUUUUGCCAAAUUAACAUUUUGAAUGUUUGGUUGUUUGUCAUGUGGAGGUCAUUGUUCCUGCACCUUGUAUUCAUCAUGCCUGGCCGGGUACAGGGGUAAGAGGACCCGUUUUUUUUGGCGUUUAAGCCCCUCAGACGCGCUGGACAGCUCUAGUCUCUCUAAGGAGCUUUAGGUGGAGAGGCGCUGAGAAGAAACUCUUUCUCGCUUUAAUUGCUUUAGAGACGGUCCUCACAAAGAGACAGUGGCCAGAUUUACCUCCCGUUUAAGUUCUUAUUUCCAUUGGUUCACAAGUUAAUCCUCUUUCUUUCUCAGACCUCGCAGAAAGAAAAAAAAACGAGUGAUAGGAGCAGAAACCAGAGUGGCGCACGAGUUUUUCCAGGAGAGAGAGAGAAAGGGAGAGAGAGAGAGGGAGAGAGAGAGAGAGAGAGAGAGAGAGGAAAAGUUUGAGAUGCUGGUAGAGGGGUAAUUAAGAAAGAGUGAUGCAACAGGGAAAUGAUAAUAAAUGAUAAUGAUUAAAUUAAUAUUAUCAAUAAUAAUAAUAAUAAUAAUAGAGAUCAUUUUACAUGACUUUCAAUAAUUCAAUAAUUGAAAAUUGAAUAGACCUACAUCUUCAAAGGUAAAUAUAUAUAGAUAGAUUAAUGGAUUGAUAGAUUGAUAUAGAUAUAGAUAUAGAUAGAUAUACAUUUAUACCAAAAAAUAGGUAGUACUUCGAAUUUGAUCUCUUUUUUGGAGCAUAAAUAGAUGGUUACACCAAAAGUUUCUGGCGUUUACAGUUUUUUUUUUAAUCUCGAGAAGCACGAGUUCACCUGCACUAACCUCCCAACUCUGUCCGCUUUUUUUGCUCUUGCAGAUAGAUAGAAACAAACGGCACACUCACACAACAAAUAAACGGACACACAGCUCUAAAUGACGGAGGUCCACACUCCACUGACUGUGUGAAAACGGUGCAGUUGUGCGCAGCUGAGAUUCACUGUGCGUCAAAACGAGUGGACAAAAAUAUUCACCCCAUUUCACGAGAUCCUUCGUCUCCUGUUGAAAAGUGUGAAACCUGGUCCGAGAUAAAAGUGCGUCACAGGCCAAACACUUUCCAAAAGAGUCUCUGAACAAAAUAUGCAAGCUUUACAUUAAAAGGCUACUUUGCGCUGCCCUUAAUUCCCCACCUAAACGGUUUUUCUCCGGGAGAAGAAAUCUGCUCUAAAAACCCUUCAAGAAGAGAAGGGCAUUAUUGCCCUAAUCCUCUUACCCGCAGUCAUUUUAAGACAGGGGUUUUUGGAGGCUGAGAUGGCGUCUUGUCUUCCCUAUCCCAUCCCAAAUCCUUCCAGGCCGGGAGAAAGUCUAAAGGCAGCACCCUGGCAUCUAUUAGCCAUCUCUACAAAGUCUCUCCCUUUCUCUCGGUUUCCACCACGGCGUAGAGGGAAAGCUGAAAAGCAAACAAACUAAAGGUUGGUUCCCUUUUCCUCACAAAAAAGGAGAAGAAAAAGAAAAAAAACCGAGGGAAGGCAAACGGAUUCAAGCUUUAAGUGCAUUUUGAGAGUAAAAGCAUCAAAGACUAGAAAGAAAAGAAAAAACAUACCCAUGAAACUGGAUUAAUCCGACGACGUUGAAUGUUUUAAUUGGCAUAUUAAUGAAUAAUAAAUAUGAAACAUCAUUAUAAAAGUGUCUUCUAUACGAAAAAAUGAAGGAAAAUGACUUCAAAAACACUAAAAGUUCAAGUUAAAAGUGAUAUAUUUGAUCAUAAAUCUUUGCAAAUGUUCAGUAAUUUUCUUCUCUCUUAGACCCAUCAUAUUUAACUUUGACCGAAAGGCUAUCACAAAAAUGUUCAGGCUAUCAGACAAAUCUGUAGUCUCUAUAUCUUCGCGAAUGUUCAGAUUUUCUUAUAAAUAAAUGGAAAAACUGUGUCGACGGCUAUACGGAGGGAUUAUGUGGACAUAAUGAGCUUAAAUUGAUCAUAUUUGACAAUAACUCCAGGAGUCAGAGCGCCGGGGUCCACCGCUGGACGAUCACUUAGCUCAUUAAUUUGACUGACAGCCUAAGCAGCCAAUAGGAAGCCAGCAUGACCCCCGCGAAGCUCCCUUUAAAAUCCCUCCACUGGGGUCUCGCGCUCCAGCAGAUGGCGGUUUCCCACUAGUGCGCGAGACACGAAGAACUGAGCACGAGAGGAGGGCAGGUGGAGCACGAGCGAGCGAGCGAGCGAGCGGACUUGAAGUAAAGCAACAGAGUGGAUGAGGUUAAAUUUACCUCGACUUCACAGCUCACUGUCGGACAAAAGAGGGAGAAGAAGCGGUUAUCUGAAUAUUUAUACAAACACAGAGACUGAAAGAGAGAGAGAGCAGCAGAAGUUUUACAGCUCGGAUUCUCUGUGGAAGAAUAUCGAGGACACGGCUCACCGAAGAAAGGUAAAACUUUUAACCAUCGUUAUUUAAACCUGUAUAUGACUCGUUUUCAAAACAUUGAACACUGAAAUGCUUUUGAAAACUGGUUCGUGUAUUUCAGCCUGUAGACUGAUAGACAUUUUAGCCUUUAUCUAAGCGACACUUGAUGAGUUAGUAAAGUAAACACAAGACUAGAAUUAUUUAUCCUCACAUUAAAAUUGUCAGUGCACCCUUAAUGACAGCUGAAUAAAACCUUUAAAGGCUACUAAGUUUUAUUGUAACUUGUAAUGUGCAGCAAAAGCCCCAAAUCUGAAAGACUUUUAAAAAUGUGAUAGCUGUGUAUAAAAGUAACAAUUAAGUUUCAAGCUUAGGUUUGUUUUGACGAGAAUUACCCCAAAACUUGAGUUUUUCUGUACUUUAACGCACAUGACUGUCUUCUGAAAAGGAUCUUCUUAAAACAUUCACACAUAUUUAUAACUCCCCCCGUAAAAUACGCUCAUAUAGGCACAAAUAUAGGCCUAAAUUUUCUUGAAGUUGUUUCUCAAAAUAUUCCCAUUUUCUUUUUUUUCGGUGGUUCUGAUAUGCAUUAUUUUCACAAAACACUACAAAAUAUUUAAAAAAUAUAUAAAUAGAUUUUAAUUUCAAUGUCCUUCAUGAUAGCAGAUGAGAGUAAAAACCUCAGAGCUGCCCCUCUCUCUCCCUCUCUCUCUAUCUGACAGUUUACACUGUGACACAGCAAAGAGCAGACUGUCAGCUUGACUCAUGCCCCUGGGGGCUGAUAGCAAAUAACAUUUUUCCUCAUUUAGCCGGAUCAAAGAGUUGCACUGUACAUGCCAAUUUACAUAAUGACGGUUUGAUAAUCGAAGCAUUGAGCAGGGCAGCCAGGAGGGCCCAGAGCCUGGAGCACAGAGAGGCUUAUGAAUGACAAUAACUGCGCUGACAGGCUCACUGUGAUGAGCUAUUGUGCUGCAUUUGAUAUGGGACGGAGGAUACAGGCUAGAACCAGGGAUGUGCACAAAAGGUGGGUAAAGCUGGUAAUCACGGGGAGGCAGACUUGAGGACAAAAAUGUACCUGCACUGAAAAAAACAAAACAAAACAAAAAAAAUAUAUAUAUACAAAUUCGAUUUUUCUUUUACUGAAGAAAAGGCUAAAACCAUUAUUUAUAAGCAUUUAAACUGCUUAAACUUUCAGAAGUGCACAUAAGCAGGUGAAACUCUAUUUAGGCAUUUUUCAUGUUUUUUCUCUCCUUAUAGGCCCACAGAUUUGUGUGAUUUGAGGCUUUGCCAAAAUGCAAAAUAAUAUAUAAAAAAAUAUAAUAAUUAUUUUAAAAAAUAACAUAAAAUAAAAAUACAGAGGUGACGUUAAGUUGUCUUCCGAGAAAAAAAAAUAAACAAGGCAGCUGAGUAAAUCGUAUAGGUCUGUUAUUAGCUCUCACACUUGGCCACGCGCUCACAUGCACUCGCGGGAACUCCGACCCACAGCUAACCAGCCGGUUUCACUGUACGUCCGCCCGUGUCAGCGGUGAUGAUAAAUGGAGGGCCUCGCAGUCGAAACCUAUUUGCACUUCCAUUAGACGGGGAGCCAAAUGGGGAUCAACAUGCAUAUUUUUACCCGCGGAGAAGCCAUACAUCUCAGCCAAAACGUUGCCCCGGGGCGAUGGGAUAAGAGGCCGCCAGAGAGGGCGAGGGGAGGGGUGUUGAAGCAGGGUGGAGGAGGAGGAAGGGGGGGGGACCAUUCAACUCAAAUACUUGGGGGAGUAAAGUAAAUGUUUAGCGAAGCACCUUCUGUCCCAGCGAAUUAAACUAUUCCCCACCGCUCUCUGAUCACAUUCAUCAGCCGCCGUGGACUCUUAAUAGCCUGGGAGUGGGCACUGCGGGCAUCACACACAUACACACACGCACGCACGACCACGCGCACAAACACGUACACACGUAGGCUGAGUCAAGUGCAGAGACACGAGAAACUGUUGUAUGGAACAGUCUUAUUAAUGUACAAAAUAGAUCUACUACUGCCAUUUAUUAUUAUUAUUAUUAUUAUUAUUAUUAUUAUUAUUAUUAUUAUUAUUAUUAUUAUUAUUAUCUUUUGAAUUUUAAAAUUUAAAUUAAUUUUAUUUUUUUUUUUAUUUUUUAAAGCCCCAACUCAUUUUAACCUAGGCCUCAGAACGAAUAUUUAAUGCAGUUUUUUUUUCUGUCAGGAAAAAAAAAGACUUUAAAGUUACGCUCCUGGGAAUGACAGUGCUCAUUGACAAUUGUUAAUGGUAAAGGUUUUAAAUGAACAAGCAUAACUUUCAGAUUUCAUUCAACUAAAAAUAAUUCAAACUGUUAAAAAAAAAUCCUAUUUUUGACAAAAACAGAUGCUAUUUUUUUGUAAUUGUUAAAAUCUAGAGCAUGUACAAUAAUGUGCCUCAUAAUUACAAUCUUGUAAAACAACAAUAGUUUAAGUGUAAUACAAACCUGAAGAUGUUUCUGAGCGCUGGUACACAGGUCCAUGUAGAUCCCUGGAUAGUGUAGCUGUCAUAAGCAGAAAGAUUUAUACCUCCUCCCCGUGGUCUCUCUGUAACAGUUAUAAUAACUGUUUGGGCCUCCGAGAUAUUCCCCCUUGUCUGCCUCCUCCAUCUUAAUACAUAUCUAAUCGUGUCCUCCAGCACUUUAUCUAUGAAAAUCGACGAUUUGAAGCAGAAAUACGACAAAGACUUGGUAAAUAGCUGCCCAUCCUAAAAAAAUAGGGGGAUUUUUUUACUGGAAAAUAUGAGCAUCCUAAAAGAUCAUAAAUAAAUGUAAAGAUGAGUGUAAAAUGUUACAAAAUUGAACGGCGUUUAUUAAUUCAUUGAUUCUACAUUUCUAUAAUCACAGCCUAUUAAAAAUAAUCCCGUCCAGACCUGAACAAAUCUCCUUCUUUCAUUUUCCAACACAUUUGAUCACCGGCCUGAUCUGCCAGAGCAGCUUUUUCAGGAGGGAUUUGACUUCUCCGGGAUCACACAGACGUCGAGAAUAAAUUCAUGAAUAAAGCAUCCGUCACGGUUCAUUACGGGAGAGAGUCAUAAUUACCCCAAUUAAAAGUCUUUUGUAUAAUUAAUGGAUUGAACAGGGCGAUAAUUGGAUGUUAAUGGAUAACACUUUUGUCUGAGUGCGCACGUUUAAAUCUUUUGGCCCCCGAGCGCGAGGACCUGAUGCCAUUGAAGCUCGAGCGUCUUUUAGCCUAUCAGUGAACACAGACUCAUACAAUAAUAUUCCUGUUGUGAAAAAGUAGGGUUCGCCACCGCAGCACAGGCCCUUGCAGAGACAUAAUGUUGUAUAAUCUCUUCCUCUUUCAGAUCAUCAUCAUCCUCUCUUCGUCCGCAGGUUCUGACCUCCCACCAUGCAGCACUACGGGGUGAACGGCUACUCUCUCCACGCCAUGAACUCCCUCAGCGCCAUGUACAACCUGCACCAGCAGGCCGCGCAACAGGCACAGCACGCGCCCGACUACCGGCCGUCUGUGCACGCGCUCACCCUGGCUGAGAGACUCGCUGGUAAUUGAAUGCACGCUCACAGACGCUGAAUUAAGACAAAAAAAUCUUGUAAAGUGAGUUGUUACGCUUGAGUCACGCGCAGUAAAAUAAACCCUCCGUGUGUGUUUCCUUUUCCAAACGGCUGCGCAUUUCAAGACAUCAUCCUCGAGGCUCGUUACGGCUCUCAGCACCGCAAACAGCGCCGCAGCCGCACCGCAUUCACCGCACAGCAGCUGGAAGCGCUCGAGAAGACGUUCCAGAAGACUCACUACCCGGAUGUGGUGAUGAGGGAGCGGCUGGCCAUGUGCACCAACCUGCCCGAGGCCCGCGUGCAGGUACGUGACGGCACUACAGUCAAAAAGCCACACAGUGAUGAAUAGAGAAAUGAAAAAUGUAUUGGAAAAAGUGAGCUGCUAGGAACUUUUAAUCGGUUAGUUAUUGUUUUAUUGCAUCCUUGCUUAAUUCUGGGUUUUAAGAGCUAUUUGUCAAAGAAAUGUGUAAACUUCUUGUCUGAAAGAUGCUCUAUAAGUAAAGUUGUUAUCAUUAUAUUGUCUAAUCAAAUUUUAAAAAAUUAAAUGGAGGACUGACAGUAUCAGGAAGUCAUGCUCUCUGUUUUUGGAAUGAAUUACUUUUUGUUGUUAAAAGUAAAAUAGGAGAGAAAAUGCUCAGGAAAUUUUAAUUUAAACCUGUACAAUUAAUAAAUGUUAUCUAUCCAAUUAUUACAUAUGUAAAAUAUAAUAAAAAUAAUUGAGAACUCUAAUUGUUUUCUUUUAAAGCUUAACUUGAUAAUGUCAUAAUCUUUUGGGCAGGUAUUUUAUUUGUAUACAAUACUGACUCUUUGGGCUUUUGAUACUUCACAUCACUUGGAGACAUCACUCGGUCAUGAUUUAGUACUUCCUUUUGUGCUCCUGUUCUGUCUUUAACUCUUCGUCACUCCUCACUCUUCAGGUUUGGUUCAAAAACCGCAGGGCCAAGUUCCGCAAGAAGCAGCGCAGCCUCCAGAAGGAGCAGCUCCAGAAGCAGAAAGAGGCAGCGGGUGAAGGAGGAGGAAGCGAGAAAGAGGACGCACCCGCCGCCACGACUAUCAUCCCUGACACCCAGCUCCCUCCUUCAUCCUCGUCCUCUUCCUCCUCCUCACUGGAGAUAGAGGGACCUGUAGUCCAUCCUGUACCUCUGGAUAUGGAGCUGAAUGUCACGUCAGCUGAGCACUCCGGCAGUGAGUCGGCAACAGAGGACAAUGCCACAGACAAGGAGGAUGAGAGUAAAUGUCAGAGGGAGGACAUGAAGUGUGAGAGGGCUGUGACACCAGGAGACGUCUCCCCGAUCUGCAAAAGACUGAGCCCUAAACCAGGUAGGAACCAGACACAACUGUAAUCCACAGAGUGAAAAUAACUGUUGUUCUGAUGCAGCAUCCAACGCCAUCAUCAAUUAUCCCAAAAAAUCCAACAUGUCCACACCAAAAAGACCCUAAAGGGCUUUAAGAAUAAUGCACUGAGUUAUUUACCACUGCAGCUUCCAACAAUCAGUGUUUCCCUUUAGUGUGUUGUAAAGUUUUCCCUUUACUUUUGGUUUAUUGUUCAUCUAUGGGUAUCAGAGGGGUGUUUGAUGCUGGCCAAUACUUUACUGCGUAGUUGACAGAAUUGGCGUUGAAUUACUAUGGAGGGUGUAUGACUAAAGGGGACAAUAGAUAGAAAUAUGUAAGUAAUGAUUAAAAAUAUUUUUGAGAAGUUAAACAAAACAAAGUAGAAGCACAAUAAUGAUUUUUUUUACUAUCGUAUUUAUUAUUAGUCAUAUCUGAACGCUACACACCCCUGUGUGAUUUUAUAAUACCUACACAAUUUUCAAUACAACUUCAUUAACCAGUGUAUCUCUGUUCAGGGUGUAAACAGUGUUUAUAGUUUUACGACUAAUGUCCUUUAUUUUAGAUCUUGUUUUUUCAAUUGCCAUUUUUUAAAACCUAUCUCCAAUUGUGCUAUUUGUUCUUAAGUCUGAAUAACUUACGUUUCUCUUUUUGUGAGCUGACUAUGAGUGAACGUCCUCUAAAGGGGAUCAAGAAGAAAUGUAAUAUCUAACAAUAUGUUACUGUAGAAUCCAUGAUAGAAACAGUCUAAGGUUAAAACAUUUCCCAAAUUAAAAUGAAAGGUCUGAAUGUAAAGAUAGGUCUCAAAAGUCCAGGGAGCAUACUUGUCCUAUGUCUAUCCUCCAUAGUGUAGAUAUGCUUCAUGGUAUCUCUUAGAUAUAUGAUAUCCUGACAUACAUUUUCCUCUUUCUGUCCAGACUCCCCAUUGGUCUCCCCCUCAGUGACCCCUUCCUCCUCCUCCAGCGGUGGCCUGACCAGCAGCGCUCCUCUCUCCCAGAGUCACUCGUACUCCUCCUCCCCCCUCAGCCUGUUUCGUCUGCAGGAGCAGUUUCGUCAGCACAUGGCUGCCACCAACAACCUGGUGCACUACCCCGCCUUUGACCUCGCCACCCCAUCUUCACUCCCCUACCUGGGCAUGAACGUCAACAUGCCUCCUGCACCGCUGGGCUCGCUGCCCUGCCAGUCCUACUACCAGUCCCUUUCCCAUCAUGCUCAGCAAGUGUGGAACAGCCCACUGCUGCAGGCGUCAGCUGCUGGUGGCCUCAGCAGUCACAACAACAAAACCACCAGCAUAGAGAACCUGCGUCUGAGAGCCAAACAGCACGCUGCCUCGCUGGGACUGGACACCAUGUCUAACUGAACAUCAGAUGAAGGACAAGUUCAGGAAGUUUGGAGACUCUGUCAACACAUCAAGUCAUCCUGCUGCGUGUCUGUGACUGUGAUAGCUCUUUAGGAACCAUACUCUGAGCUCUACCUGAGCAGGGGGAAACAGGACAUCUGGUUAUGUCCAGAAAUAACACAUGCCAAUAUGCACUGGACCUGCAGAGUUCCUGCUUUUAAACAGACACCACAUUUGUUUUACUUCUCUCAGCUUGCAUAGCAGCUCAAGACUUAAGCUGUAACAGGGGAAAAUGAGAAAACCCCAUGGGGGUAUCAAACAUUUCUAAUAAAUGCAAUAUCUGAAGUGAGUAUCCUUCUCAAAGAACGGUGAACAAGUUCCUGGAUCUUCUCAACAUCCAACACAACUUUUGAAAAUGAUGUUCACUCAGCUCGUAAUUGACGCACUAACCUCAAAAGACGAUGCAGAUAAUGUUUACAAAAAUAAUGUGAAUGAAUUAGGCACUUUUGAAGGAGCAAGGCUCAUCUGCCAGGAGAAAAAAAAAAGAGCAGCAAAGAGACCAUCUCUGUCACAGGAGCAACAUUUCAAUUAAGCAGCAGAUAUGUACAUAGCAUGUACUACACAACAGCAUAUAAAUAAAAAUAAACUUCAAGCCCUGACAUUGUCAACCGCAUAAUUAAAAGUGACUAAUUUGCCAUUUUAAUGGCGGUUAUUAUGCCGCUUUAUACAAAGGCUGGCUUAAUAAUGAGAAAAUGAUUUCAGUGAGUAAAUUCCCAAAGCUUUUAAUUACAUUUUGCCCCAGGCUGAGGGAGCCGGGGCAAACGCAACUAUGAACAUGAAUACCAUUUAAGAGCACAUUUAUGAAUUCAAGAGGUCUUUAUACUGAAAUGCUCAAUUAGGAGGAACAUGAUUGGAAUCACUUUCCAAAAAGUUAAACAAUUUGCUUUGAAUUUAAGCACAGAUUCCUUCUGGAUACGUCUCAAUGUCCCAUAUUUUCCAGCUGUAAUAUUCUAAUGAGGAAAUAUGCAGCUUAUCUUUGAAAAGUCUGGCUGACUGAUAGCACUUGAGGAGAACCCCGGCUCUCUGAUUCUGUUUUCUGUUUAUGUAAUCUAGGAGCUGGUGUCUUCAUAUGAAAAAAAUAAUGCACAUUAUUUUAGUUAUGUGAAAUACAAAAAAGUCUAUCUAUUAAUGUUUACUUGUAAGAUUAUUGUAAAUGACCUAUUAUGUUGUAAAGUUGAUCAAAUUCCUUUAGCUGUAAGAUUGUAAGAUUGUAUUUGCUGAGCUCACCGGCAGCCUGUCUACCCUCCUCUGUUCCUGUGUCAUGGUCCUGGGCUCGAUUAAGAGUUUAAAUGUCUUCACUUUCUUUGUGAAAAUUACAUUGAAAACAGAGCGGGAUCGCUGGAACUGCCACCUUCUGUAUUUCUGCGGUCUACAUGUAUAAACAAAUGAAAGUGAUUUCAGGUAAUAAUAAUGGAGCCCGGUCCGCUGUGUCCUGCUGUCUUGACUCUUUUGAGUUCUGUUGUUGGUGUUGUUAUCUUUAUGCUGUUACCCCUCACUGUCUCUGUCAGACUACUCCGUCCAGUGGAAGAUAGAUGUAUGAUGGAGAAGGAGAGAGUGAGUGGACCAUGAGCAGUGUUGUUCCCUCCCUAUCAAUGUAGACUUGAACUAGUGUUGUUGUAAAAUAAUCAUAAAUAAAAACAGUGCUUGGAGAUUUUAUUAUCAUUAUGGUGAUUUCCUUUUGACUUAUGUGGCUUAGUUUAAAAUAAUGCUGUAAUUUUAACAAAGAUGAUGGUAUCAUUUGGCAACAAAAAGCCAUAGAAACAUAAAUAAAAAAUACAACACACAGAUAAAAGCAGCAAUCUAUGUUUAUGUUUUUGUUGUGUUGUCAACGUAGCAACAGCACAUGUGGCAAAAAGCUAUAAGAGAGGAGCAAAAGAAGGACUCUGAGCUACGAAGCUAAAUAAAAUCCUGCUCUGGAAAUGAAAAAAAUAAUUGCAAAAAAAAUAGAUAAAAAAUAAAUUAAUGAAAAUAACUACAACUAUGUUACUGGGCAGAAACCUCAUCACCAGUUUUUUUUUUUUAUAAUUAAAAAUGCCUUUUUUGCAUUAAUCACCACUAUUGAUCUCCCUUUACACCUGUAAUUAGGCUUUUCAACAUUAAACAGAAGAAGUGUUUUUCAAAUUCUUUGUGGUUGAACUUUAAUUAUUAAUUAUGUAAAAAACAACAAUAAUCAAGGCAAUAUUGGUUGAGAAAAAAAGUGGAUAAGGUAAAGGAAAGAGUAACGUGAGGAAAAGCAUCAGAACAGAGUGAGGAAUGGGGACAAAGGUCAGAUAAAGGGAACAAUAAAUAACAGAUAAAUUUUAUGUAUAAAAAUGUGCAUGAGGACAAAGAGUGUGGUCACAAAAGAGACAGAAAAAGAACAUAACCGGAAAAAAGUCUGAAACAUACAAAAAAUGGCCAGAGACACAAGCCAUCCCCAAUGAAUAAGCAGGCCAUUAUCCUGAAGAAUGACGGCCCGGGGCGGUGAUUAUGCUGCUAUUAUAUCUUUAACAGGAUGGUUUGUCAAAACGCACAGACCCCCACACCCCUGGCCCUGCCCUAGCAGACACACACACACACACACACACACACACACACACACACACACACACACACACACACACACACACACACACACACACACACACACCAAACAUAGGCAGAGUAUCUGAGCAUCUCUGCCACCCCCCUUUCAGUAACUUUACAUUUAUGUAUAUAUGCAUCAUCACAUUGACCCACUAUUAAUUUAUCUGACUUUAACAAACAUUAUAAUAUAUGUUAAAUUGUGUGAGUGUGUGUCUGUGUGUGUAUUAGUGAGUAAAUACCAAACAAACUCUUGUUGAUGAAUUAAGUGUUAUUUUUAGACUAUUAUGGAUGACCACCAUCCAAAAAUCAGGUGAUGAUCUCACCAGAUUAGCAGCCUUAAUGUGGGUGUAACACCUCACCCUCACCUUGUUGUGUUUUAUUACACUAUGCACAGCUGUGUGUGUGCAAAGCCAAGGGCACCCUGAUUGUGUGACUGAUAAGAUUGUGGUGUGGAUAUGCAGCAGCAGUGAAUGUCCUUGUUAUCCAGGGAGGGAAUCUAUCCAGCUACAUGGCACAGUUUCCUCCCAUGGGGCUACGCUGCUCUUAUAACACACUACUCUUGUUCCAAAUGUUCUCUCUUUUCUUAACACCCAUCCCCCAAACACACACACACACACACAUACAAACACAUGCUGGGCCUGGGGGUUGAACAGGGAUUGCUAGAUUGUAGUGCUGCAGGGUCAAGUGUGUUGAGACCUUGAUGCUGGAUCAGGUGCUUCCAUCUCUAACACCCAGGGCUGUAUAUUCACCACUAAACAGCUGUAAUCUCCUAUCUAUGAGCACACACAGAUAUCCAUCUACUUUCCUGUAAGCGAGCCAUGACAUGUGAGUAUCUGAGAGUGUGUAAACCAUUAGAUGAGAUUCAGGACAGCUUCUGCCUUCCUUUCAAUCUUAUUUUCUUAAAAAAGUUUCUUAUUGGUAAAAACUUCAAGGUGUAGCUGACUAAGGCUCAUCAUUAUUAUUUUUUAAAUGAGUGUUUUUCCGACACUACCAACCAACCAGUUUGCUGUAUCUCUUGCUUUAACUCUCACUCUCUUUCCCACACACGCGCUCACUCACAGCCCCC